AUGAACACUUGGAAUUAUACAAAUGAGCCUGAUUUCUUCAUCCUCAUGGGGCUGACAGAUUCCAAAGAGAUGCAGCUGGUCCUUGCUCUGCUGUUUCUCAUGAUAUACCUGAUCACUGUGCUGGGGAACACAGGAAUGGUGCUGAUCAUCCGCCUAGAUACUCAGCUUCAUACUCCGAUGUAUUUCUUCCUAAUGCAUCUGUCAUUCCUCGACCUCAGUUACUCAACUGUCAUCACACCUAAAACCUUAGAGAACCUGCUGACUUCCAACAAGAUUAUUUCCUUUACUGGAUGUCUCACUCAGAUGUAUGUUUUUGUCCUCUUGGCUGCUGCGGAAUGUUUCCUUCUUGCUUCAAUGGCCUAUGAUAGAUAUGUAGCUAUUUGCAACCCUCUACAUUACCCUGUUAUCAUGUCCACAAAGCUCUGCAGUGCCCUUCUCACAGGUUCCUACAUGAUUGGAACUGUGGACUCCACUGUUAAUAUGAUUUGCAUGAGCACCUUACAUUUCUGCAGAUCCAAGGUAAUACAUCACUUUUUUUGUGAUACAUCCCCAAUUUUAGCACUGUCCUGCAUUGACACACAUAACAUUGAAAUCAUUAUGUUCCUCUUUGCUGGUUCCACUCUAAUGGUUUCUCUUCUUACAAUAUCUGUGUCCUAUAUGUCUAUUCUUUCUACUAUUUUUAAGAUCAAUUCCAGUUCAGGAAAGCAAAAAGCCUUCUCCACUUGUGCCUCUCAUCUGUUGGGAGUCAUUGUCUUCUAUGGAGCUUUGAUCUUUACUUAUUUGAAACCAAGCAAGUCUUACUCCUUGGGAAAGGACCAAGUGGCUUCUGUUUUUUACACCAUUGUGAUCCCCAUGCUGAACCCACUCAUUUAUAGUCUCAGAAACAAGGAAGUGAAAAAUGCUGUCAGUAGAGUUACCAAGAAACGGGACAGCUUAAGAAAAUUAAGUUCACAGUGGCGCUAA